AUGUACGCUACACAGGGUGCCGUCAACACGCUCUCAGACCUGCGGCGCGCAUCGGGCGCGUUCGACCGGGUGCGCAGCCUCGUCCAGACCAGCGACCCAGACCCCUCGAUGUACGGCGCCCUGCCGCCUGGCGCCUGGUGGGAGGUGGCCAACGGCGCGCAGCCUGUGGUGGAGCCCUAUGCAGACAAGGCGGGCGACGCGGCCGUGGUGGCUGCCAAGGGCGGUGACCUGGAGCUGCGGAAUGUCUGGUUCUCGUACCCGCUGCGCGCUGACCUGCCCGUGCUGUCUGACGUCAACCUGACCCUCCGGCGCGGCACUGUGACGGCCCUCGUCGGCCGCAGCGGCGCCGGCAAGUCCACGGUGGCUGCGCUGCUCUCGCGCUUCUACUCGCCGCAGCGGGGCGCAAUCUUGCUGGGGGAGGCUGAGGCGGGCAGCUUCACGCGUGGGGAGUGGGCGCGCGCCAUCGCCAUGGUGUCGCAGGAGCCCGUUCUGUUCAGCGGCACCAUCGCUGACAACAUAUCUUACGGCCGCUUCGGCCGCUGCUCCCUGGAGGAGAUCCAGGCGGCCGCCGAGGCCGCCAACGCGCACGAAUUCAUCAAGCGGCUGCCAGACGGCUACAAGACCGUCGUCGGGGAGAGGGGCACGCUGCUGUCGGGCGGCCAGCGGCAGCGCAUCGCCAUCGCGCGGGCCCUGCUGAAGGACUCGCCGGUCAUCAUCCUGGACGAAGCCACCUCAGCCCUCGACGCGGUCAGCGAGAAGCUGGUGCAGGAGGCCAUCCAGCGGCUGGUGGCGGGGCGCACCGUGCUGGUCAUCGCCCACCGGCUCAGCACGGUGCAGGCGGCGGACCAGAUCGUGGUCAUGGCCAACGGCCAGAUCGCGGAGCGCGGCACCCACGAGGAGCUGCUGGCAGCCAGCGGCCCCUACUCGGAGCUUAUGAGCAGCCAGGGCAUGAUGCUUGGCUACUCCGUCUGA